AUGUACGUGAGCUCGCUCUUGGAGAAGGAGCCCAGCAUGUACCCAGGAUCUGCCAGGGCCACCAGCAACAACCUGCCCGUGCAAAACUUCGUGUCUGCUCCAGCCUACUCUGACUACAUGGGAUACCACCCUGUGCCAGCCCUGGACACCCACGGGCAGGCAGCCCCAGCCUGGGGCUCCCACUACGGCCCCCAGCGCGAGGACUGGAGCGCCUACGGCCCAGGCCCUUCCAGCGCCGUGCCUGCUGCCCACAUCAAUGGCUCGUCCCCUGGCCAGGGCUCCUACAGCUCUGCUGAUUACAGCUCCCUGCACCCCGCUGCUGCUGCGCCCUUACCUCCUGUAGAUACAAUUCAUGCCCAGCAAAUCUCUCCCAACAGCCAAAGGCACAGCUCUUAUGAGUGGAUGAGGAAAACGGUGCAAACCAACACUGCUGGUAAAACAAGAACAAAAGAAAAGUACCGGGUUGUUUACACAGAUCACCAGAGACUGGAAUUAGAGAAGGAAUUUCACUGCAACAGAUACAUCACAAUCAGGAGGAAGUCAGAGCUGGCAGCAAACCUGGGACUCUCCGAAAGACAGGUGAAAAUCUGGUUCCAGAAUCGCCGAGCAAAAGAGAGAAAAAUGAUCAAGAAGAAAAUCUCGCAGUUUGACGGCAGCGGGGGCUCAGCUCAGAGUGACUCUGGUUCACUCAGUCCAAAUGAACUGUCAAAUUCUCUGUUCCCACCACCACAUGGAAUAAAUGGAUUACAGCCUAAUGACAUUCAUCAAGUCAUAGUUUCAGAAUGA